AUGUUCGUGCCGGAUAAAGCCGGCGCGGACAGCGAGGUGGUCGCGGCAGUGAGGAAGAAGAGUGUGUUGAAGGUGUUGUACACACUCACAGCGAUGGCGGCUGUGUUCCUGGGAAAACGCAACCAGCCAGUAGCUCUACUUGAGCGAGGAGCUGGCGGCCAUUGUAAGAAUGAUCAAAUGCGGAAGCCGGAGCCCGAGAGAGUCGAGAGAGUUAACAACAGCAUGGAGGCUAUAAUGAUAGUGGCGGUUGCUGUCGUGAUGCCUGGAUUGGACCUUAGCUCAAGGUCUUCAUCCUCAAGGCUGCUACUUGGCACAAAGUCGAACAGCGCAAAUACUACAUUCCUCGAACGACGGAGCUGCGAUUAUGGGAACGGAGAGUCAACGUGCGUUGAGCACCACACCAGUUGCUGUCCCAAGACCGAGGGUCUUUGGCCGGUGGAGACCGAUUCUUAG